GUGAGGAGGGAGAGAGGAGGUGGAGAAGGGGGGUGGAGGGCCGAGCUGAGUUAAAAAAAAAAACCCGACAAAAAAACAAAACAACAACACACAUAUCGGCUCCUCAGAGUCAACUUUGAUAAACUUUUAUCUAGUCGUCUUUUAUCUGCCUCUGUCUGAGUUGACCUUGCGUGGAGUGCGUCUGUACGGGGAUUUUGGACCCGCACGCAGGAAACGGACGACUUUCUUCCCAGCUGCCCGACAAGGAAGGGAUUUGCUGCAGCUUCCUGCUUCGGCACAGUCGGCCAGGAUGGCGGUCACCCCUCGACGCGUCCGCCUCAAGCCGUGGCUGGUCGCCCAGGUGGACAGUGGACGGUACCCGGGUCUGGUCUGGAUGGACAGGGACGCCAUGCGCUUCCAGAUCCCCUGGAAACACGCCACUAGACACACGCCUCAACACGAGGAUGAGGACACCAUAUUUAAGGCCUGGGCUGUGGAGACCGGGAAGUUUCAGGAGGGAGUUGAUGAACCUGAUCCUGCCAAGUGGAAAGCUCAGCUGCGAUGUGCCCUGAACAAAAGCCGGGAAUUCAAUCUCAUCUAUGACGGCACCAAGGAAGUCCCCAUGAAUCCCUUAAAGAUAUACGACGUCUGCGACAUCCCACAGCUCAACAAUAACCAAGCUCCUUCAGAUGCAGGAUCUCGCACUCCUUAUGAUGAGGAUUUUGGAGAGGAAGACGUUCCAGACACGCCAGAGUCUCUUCCUCCAUAUCCAUCCAACGGACCCAGUCCUCCUCCACUUAAUAUGUGGUCUCCGAUGGGCUCAGACUCAUCCAUGCAGCCUCCCAGCUGUCCACCUUCCAAUGAGGUCUGGCCCAAAGAGGAGCCUGUAAAAAUCUGGCCCAAAGAGGAGCCCGUAGAUGUAGAGAUGCCCCCCACGAACCUGGAUGAACUGCCCCCUGCCCCUCUGCCUGACCCCAUCCUGCAUCCCACUCCUCUUCCUGAUGCCUUCUUUGCCUCUCCGGAAAUGUGGAUCAGCUCUCUGCCAAUGACAGACCUAGAGGUCCAGUUUCUGUACAGAGGGAAGGAGAUGUGUCCCACUGUGACGGUGAGCAACCCGCAGGGCUGCAGGCUGUUCUACGGGGACCUGGGGCCCAUGGUCAACCAGGAGGAGCUGUUCGGCCCCGUCAACCUGGCACAGCUGCGCUUCCCCACCACGGAGCACAUCACCAACGACAAGCAGAGGAUCUUCACCAACCGUCUGCUGGAUGUGAUGGACCGAGGUCUGAUCCUGGAGGUCAGCGGACACGAUAUCUACGCAGUGCGCCUCUGUCAGUGUAAGGUGUACUGGUCCGGCCCCUGCGCCCCAAACCCGGCGGCGCCAAAUCUCAUAGAGCGGCAGAAGAAGGUCAAGCUCUUUUGUCUGGAGUCAUUUCUCAGCGGUGUGGUAGCUCAUCAGCGUGGCCAGUCAAGCACCCCUCCUCGUUUUGAAAUCAGCCUCUGCUUCGGGGAGGAGUGGCCUGAUGGAAGACCCACGGAGCGAAAACUCAUCAUGGUCCAGGUCAUUCCUGUGGUGGCUCGGAUGAUCAGCGAGAUGUUUUCCGGAGACAACAACCUUUCGUUUGACAGCAGCAGCGUCCGCCUGCAGAUUUCAAUCCCGGAUAUAAAAGACAAUAUAGUGACCCACCUGAAGCAGCUGUACUGCCUGCUGCAGAACCACCAGGGCCAGGAUGCGUGGGCUCUGCCCACCAACGCCGGCCUGAACAUUGCCCAGGCUCUGCAGACUCAGUGAUGCUGUGAACCAACUAUACAUCUCCAUAUUACUCACCACUUCAGGAGCUAGCUCCUCUAUUAGCAAAGUACUUAUGUGUUAUCCUGUUAAGAAGUGUGUACAAUUUACUGUAGGAUUUAUGUGCUUUUUAAGCUUUUUCUUGUAAAACUGUGCUCUAUGGUAGACGUAGCAGUGUAAAAUCCCAGCCUUAAAUCCUGCACCUGUCCAUGCAGAACCUGCAGAUAGUUGGUGAUUCUGCGGGCCAAAGUCCGUCUUGCUGCAGAGGAAUAUUUAUCCUAGUUAAUCAGUUACAGAUGUUGGCCUGUGUAGUUUUUUAUCUACUUCCAGUAUGUGAUCACCUGUCUAUCAGAGAGGCUGUUGAAACGGAUCUCAUUUUCUCUACUAAAGUUAACUUUUACACAUUUACAUCUAGCAAUAGACUAGAAAAUAGAAAUGUAAAUAACAGCGAAUUAAAGUUGGGAUGAAUAUAAAUCUUUCCGCCGCACAUCUAAGAGUAUAAGGUCCAGCCCCCCUGACUAAGAUCUAAUAUAUCAGCCCUUGAAUUAAUUUAAAACAUUUUUCCUCUGUAGCAUUUGAAAUUACCCAACACUAUUCAGAUACACAGAUCCUCUUUUUGUUUUUGUUGGGUUUCUUUGCACGUUGGGGUGAUGAAAUGUUUUAUGGUUUGCUGAAUGUAUUUGCCCUGUGAUUGCAUGUUUAUUUUAUCAAUAAAAAAUGCCUUUAAACACAUUUUUAUGAUUACCAUGUUACUUUGAAUUAGGCACAACC